CACAGCGGGGAGACAGCAUGGAUAACUUACACAGAGCAAGGAAUUCCAAAACAUAAACCUUCCAUAACACUGACUGAAAAAGUAUGAAAACUCACCAACCUAUGCAGGAGCCUAUUUCUUUAACCUGUUACCGGCUACCUUGAAGGCGGAAAGCUCAUUACUGCUGCAUUGAAGCAUUAUCUAUCUCAAACUGACAGCCAGAACAUUAUCUACAUCUGACAGCCAGAACAUACUAUGCGCUAUCAGAGUACAUCCGGGAUCACACCUACAAGCAUCUGGCAGGACGUGUAGCUGACAACAUCCACUGACCUCCACAAACAUGAGGAAAUAUUGACAAUUCCCCGGUCACCGACUGCGGCGAAGACGGAAUAAGUAACAAGCUGGUUUCAAGCAGUUGUGGGAAAAACACCUGUUUCCUGAUAAUAUUGGUACAUUUAUUACCUGCAGCCACAACCACUACAAAUUUACAGGCGAUCAAGGAUUUCUUUAAUGAAAAAGAGGUUUCUUUGAUAACUUUAUUUGCUUGCUCUAUACAAGAUUAUGUUGAUUUAUUCCACACUCUACAUGAGAACAGAUUAAUCGCAUCAGGGUACAAUUACCUGAAUGAGAAUGUGUCGUUCAAGCAUUCGAUGCGUUCUCCAUACAAUAAAAUGGGUGCUUAUGUUGACUAUUCCUGCGAGUUUGGAAAGAAUGUGCUGCACCAGGCUUCUAAUGACAAUCUACUCAACACAAGCUACAUCUGGUAUGUAAGGAGCAAUACAUCCGAGAUUUUGUCAGACUGGGAAUCUUACAACUUCGGUUUGGACAGUGACAUUGUUCUUGCCGAAGAAAUAGUUAAUAAUGGAGUUGUUUUCUAUGAUAUUUAUAAAGUGAACACAACAUUAUCAUUGGUAGCUGUGGAAGCUGGGACUUGGACUACUAAUUAUGGACUUGGUUAUACAAUAAAAGGGCCUUACAUACAGAGACGCAACGAUUUCGGAGGAAUCAAAUUCAAAGGAACAUUGGUGAUAACGGAUCUGAACAACUUGACGUUCAAUGAACAAGGAUUUAAAAAGUUCUUGGACAACUCGUACGAGUCACAGUUCGACUCGGCAUCCAGGUGCUCCUACUCCAUCUAUAGCUACCUAGCUGAUAUGUUCAACUUCACGUUAGAAGCUGGAAAAACGUUUUCUUGGGGCUACCCAGUGAACGUGGGAAAGCCAGUUCUGCAUGAUGGAAUGAUUGGCCAAUUGGAAGGAAAAGAAAUUGAUAUCGGCUUGACUCCAGCUGCCAUGCUCAUUAGAACUCGGAUGGAUGUAGUGCACUUCGCAAUUGUUCCAAUUUGGCAGUUCAGGGUGUUGUUCGUAUUCCGUCACCCGAGUACUCUGGCAUCUUACAAAGCUCUGAUAAUACCCUUCGAACCUGCAGCCUGGAUGUUCACAAUUCUUCUGACGAUUUGCGUUGGAGCAUUUCUAACGAUGAUAAAGCGAUUAAGUCAGCCCAAUGACAGAGAAAUUGAUAAGUCUUUCAGCGGAAAUAUUGUUAUCACUAUUGGUGCACUUUUCAAUCAAGGUCUAGCAAACUGCUCGACUCGCAUACCGGAACGCACAUUGAACUUUUUGACAUUGAUAAUUGGCAUUUUGAUCUAUUCGUUCUAUAAUUCAAUGAUUGUGACGUCAUUACUGCAGCCGCCGGCCAAAACAAUUCGCACACCGAGGGCGCUCAUGGAGAGCCACAUCAAAUGUGCUAUGCAAAAUCAUUCCUAUGUUAGAUUCACGUUUGAGAAAAAUAAGGAUCCACUGUUUGUUGAGAUGUACAAGAGGAAGAUUCUGAAAGGUCCUGGACCACUGCUGAGUGCUAUGGAUGGAAUGAAAAUGGUGCAGCAGGCUCACUUUGCUUUCUAUGGAGAAGAGCCAAUCAUCUACAGAUUGAUUGAGAACGAAUUCACCAAUGAAGAGAUUUGCUCACUGUCAGAAAUCGACAUGGACAUACCCCUACCAUUGUAUCUUCCAGUCAAGAGAAACUCACCAUUGAGAGAAUAUUUGAACUUUGCGUUGUUGAGAAUGAGAGAGACAGGAAUUUUGGAUGAGCAGAGCCGCAAAUGGCACCCGCGUAAACCAGAAUGCCAAGGCAAUGCCAACAUACCAGCCGUGCAGCUGCAAUCAGUUCUCGUCGCCUACAUUGUAUACUUUGCUGGAGUAGUCCUGUCACUCAUUCUAUUGCUGCUAGAAACAUUGACACAUGCAAGAAAACCAUUCAAGAAAUUCAAUAAAAAGCUGAAUCGGGUGAAAUUCAUGCCAACUGCAAAAACUACUUGGAUUAAGAACAACUGGUAGAGAUUCCUUACUGAGUGUGUCGUGUUUGAGUGGAGUCUGUAUGUUAAUUCAAAAUUUGAUCACACGUUUUGUGCUCAUGCGAGAAAAAUUUUGGAUCAUAUGGACAUAGAUAAACCAACUGGAAAAUAAUAGUUGUCUACUUUAUUGUGGGCUACAAUACAAAGACACCAAUAAGCCGCGAUAACUGACAAAACACUCAUCUAAUAAGGUAAAUAAAUAAAUGAUAAGACUAGUCUCAUUCAUUAUUAUUCUUUAAUAGUUUAUUUAAAAAAUAAUUCUAUCACAUGAUAAAACUAUACAUUAAACUGAAAUCAAGUAGAGUACAGUAGAAAAAAUACAACUAACCUUCAUUUACUGUAAUCAUUCAUUUUUGUUGUAUUUUAAAAUGAUUUAAUAUUAAAUAAUUUAUAAAAUUAUAUUAUUAAUAAUAUAAAGGUGUAAGUGCACGUCCAGUGCCAACAUACCUGUCAUCAAAUUUUUGGU